AUGCACAGCAUCUGCAUCGUCAUCAUCGUCAUCAAUGUCAUCAAGCUCACCAAUGCUGGCUUGGCUGCACGACAAGACGUAGUUUUGAAGGGCGCAGCAGGUCUGGUCAAUACCGUUGACGACCACACGACACAAGCCCGCGGAGUAUUGCUUGUAGGCCAUGGAUUCGAUAGUGAUGGAUUGUUGAAAUGCCGCGGUCGAGAAAGAGUUGUUUUGGGCGCGCACACUAGCGCCGGUAGCAAGCCAUUGCAAGCAGACACAAAUGACGCGUUUGGCACACAGUUUUGGGGUCAAGAAGGCCUUGCAUACGUCGACAAGAUGGUCGAGCUCCGCCAAACACAUGCGGAAGGUAUCGAAUACGAUGCGAUCGCCAUUGUCGCUGAGCAGACUGUGUUGGAGUUUGAGGAAUUCCAUGUAGGACACAAGUGGGCGUACAAAGCGCGAUGUUGGCACAGUUCGUUGUGUCUCGUCAUCGUUGAGAAGUGCAGCCGCGGCCACACUCGCUAG